UAUGUACUCUUCAUUUCCCCCAAAAAACGUAGACCUUAUGCAAACCUAAAGGCGAAGGGGGCAAAUUUCCCUAAAUCCAUAUAGUAACUAUAGGCUCUGGAAGGAAUGUGCAUGAUUAAUUCUCAGUCUGUUAGCUCAGUCCAUCUAGAGCAGAUCUUUGCUGGAUGUCUAGGAGACAGCAGCGUCCCCUGUGCUCUGCUAUUUCACCAAACCCUGUGAAUUCUGCUGGGCUAAGUAAACAUUACAGUGCUGCUAAUCACAUCCAGGGAAGGGAAGCAGCACUUCAGCCCAGGAUCUGCUGAAGAUCACAGCCUGAAUCCUCCUUAUUCCCACUUGCAGCUCUCUGGACCCCUCUUAUCCCUGCAGAUUUUUGGGGUUUUCCUGAAAUGGGACUGUCUAUGCAAUCUUUCUUGUUGCAUUAUGUUGCGGUGACUUGUUUCGUAGUGGUCUAUGGAUUUAUGGAUGAAACUGUGGACAAAGCAGUGAAAUCUGAAGGAUAUUGUAGCAGGAUUCUAAGAGCGCAAGGAAGCACGAGAAAAGAAGGAUACAAUGAAUUUUCCCUGAGAGUAGAGGGAGACCCGGAAUACUACAAGCCAGGGAAUACUUACAGGGUAUCACUCUCUGCUGCUAGUCCUGCAUACUUCAGAGGAUUUACUCUCAUUGCACUAAAGGAAGGUAAAGAUGGGGAAAAAGAAGAUGAUCACGCCGGGUCUUUUCAGAUAAUAGAUGAUGAAGAUACUCAGUUCAUGAGCAACUGCCCUGUAGCGGUCACAGAAAGCACUCCAAGGAGGAGAACACGGAUACAAGUUUUCUGGACAGCACCCUCUAUUGGCACAGGCUGUGUAAUACUCAAAGCAAGCAUUGUACAGAAGAAGAUUAUUUACUUCCAAGAUGAAGGAUCACUUACAAAACGAAUGUGUGAGCAAGAUGCAUCACACGAUACUGGAAGCGAGAAGGCGAUCCCAGAAUGUUGUGCAUGUGGAACUGCUAAAUACAGAUUAACUUUUUAUGGAAACUGGUCAGAGAAGUCACAUCCAAAAGACUAUCCAAGGAGAGCCAAUCACUGGUCUGCAAUUAUUGGCGGGUCGCAUUCUAAGGAAUAUGUUCUGUGGGAAUAUGGAGGAUAUGCAAGCGAUGGGGUGAAACAAGUGGCAGAGUUGGGUUCCCCAGUUAAAAUGGAAGAAGAGAUACGUCAAAAGGGCGAUGAAGUGUUAACAGUCGUCAAAGCCAAAGCACAGUGGCCGGCCUGGCAACCUUUGAAUGUGAGAGCUGCUCCAUCUGCUGAGUUCUCAGUGGACCGGACUCGACAUCUGAUGUCUUUCUUGGCUAUGUUGGGUCCAAGCCCAGACUGGAAUGUUGGACUCUCUGCUGAGGAUCUCUGCACUAAAGAAUGUGGCUGGGUCCAAAGAGUUGUCCAGGAUCUAAUCCCAUGGGAUGCUGGCACUGACAGUGGGGUCACUUAUGAGUCACCUAACAAGCCUACAAUACCGCAAGAUAAAAUCCGGCCGUUGACCAGUUUGGACCACCCACAGAGCCCAUUUUAUGAUCCAGAAGGAAGUUCCAUUAUUCCAGUUGCAAGAGUUGUUAUUGAGAGAAUUGCCAGAAAGGGAGAACAAUGCAAUAUAGUCCCCGACAACGUAGAUGACAUCGUAGCUGAUCUUGUCACUGAAGAAAAAGAAGAAGAUGACACCCCGGAGACUUGCAUCUAUUCCAACUGGUCCCCUUGGUCCGCUUGCAGUUCUGCCACCUGUGAGAAAGGCAAAAGAAUGAGACAACGUAUGCUGAAGGCACAGCUAGAUCUUAGUGUUCCUUGUCCAGACACCCAGGACUUUGAACCUUGUAUGGGACCAGGAUGCAGCGAUGAUGAUGCAUCCACAUGUAUGAUGUCAGAGUGGAUCAUGUGGUCCCCCUGUAGUAUUACCUGUGGUAUGGGAAUGAGAUCCAGGGAGCGUUAUGUAAAGCAAUUUCCAGAGGAUGGUUCUAUAUGUAAAGUUCCAACAGAAGAAACAGAGAAGUGUAUAGUCAAUGAGGAAUGCGAGCCAAGUAGUUGUAUCGUAACAGAGUGGGGUGAGUGGGAGGAAUGCAGCGCCACCUGUGGUAUGGGGAUGAAAAAACGACACAGGAUGAUUAAGAUGACACCAGCAGAUGGGUCCAUGUGCAAAGCCGAGACUUCAGAAGUAGAAAAGUGUAUGAUGCCUGAGUGCCAUACUAUCCCGUGUAUGCUGUCACCAUGGUCUGAAUGGAGUGACUGUAGCGUGACAUGCGGCAAGGGAGCCAGAACACGACAGAGGAUGUUAAAGUCACCGGCUGAACUUGGAGACUGCAAUGAAGAGCUGAAACAAGUGGAAAAAUGCAUGCUCCCAGAAUGUCCCAUCAACUGUGAACUGACCGAAUGGUCUCACUGGUCAGAAUGUAACAAGUCAUGUGGCAAAGGACAUGUGAUUCGAACAAGAAUGAUCACAUUAGAGCCACAGUUUGGAGGCGGCCUCUGUCCGGAAACUGUACAACGAAAAAAAUGCAGGGUUCAAAAGUGCCAAAAAAAUAAUGGUGCUGAAAAGAGACGACUUAAAGAUGCCCGAGAGAAGAGGAGAAGUGAGAGGACGAAUGAAGAUGCAGAUGGUGAACAGUAUCCAGUUUGCAAAAUGAAGCCAUGGACAGCGUGGACAGAAUGCACCAAAUUUUGCGGUGGUGGCAUUCAAGAGCGGUUCAUGACAGUGAAGAAGAGGUUCAAGAGUUCUCAGUUCACCAGCUGUAAAGACAAGAAGGAGAUCCGAGCUUGUAAUGUCCAUCCAUGUUAGCAAACACCUCACAAGGGAUACUCCCCAAGUUACAUGGAAUCAAUCUUUAUUAGAUUUUUUUAUCAUAGAAUAUAUACAGUGCUUUUCAUUUUGCAAUGUACUUUGCUUACUAUUCUUGCAGGUGCAAGAACUAUAUUUUCUAAAUAUUCACAUAUAAUAAUAACUGAAUCAUCUGGUUAGAUCAAUAAAUAAUAUCUUACAUCUUGGUUGUUUAGCAAGAGAAUAUGACUCCGGACGGUGCAUCCUCCUAGUUGCAUUACAAACUUUAAUCUUAACAGUAUGACAUGCAUGCCAGAGACAACAUGACCCAUAGGACAACCCGUUACCACCCUGUGUCGUUUUCCAUACUGCUUUACUGAACAGAAGGAUAACAGAGAUGGUUGACAGCAGACAUCGAGUUGUACAUCUGCCGUGUUUGAACAGGUUCAUGUGGAUGACUCCAAGCAUGAUUGGUCACAAGUCAUUCUAGAUUAUUUACCCUAUGUUGUAAUAUGUUGAAUCUACAAAAUUAAAAUUUCCAUUAAUUCAUGUUUUGAAGAGCUGAACACACAAAAAUAUUUUUUUUGAAAUGUAGAACAAUAAAAAUGGUGUAGCUAUUUUUGAAUUUUUUUUCUACAACAACAUUUGUGUUUAAUUUAUGGUAGAUGUCAAAUGGGCGGUCUGGUUUUUAUUUUGAGUUAAUAGAGGGGGCAGAAAACAAUUACAAACAUUGUUUGACACUCUGAAGGAGUUUGAAUGGUUUCCAUGUCAUGCUUCAUUUGCCCUGCGGUGGCGCUGAAGGGCAACUAAACACUAGUCAGAUUUCCUCUGGGACACUUUAUGACCUGCUUGUCAUUUGGAAAACUUUUCUACAAGAUGUUACUGUCCACAAUAGGCCCCUUUAAUGGGGUAGAUUAGCCAUGAAGUGAAAAUCCUGCUGCUGCUGUUAGAUAGAUCAUAUUAUCAAAUGAAAAUAGUAGUCUGUCAAGUUCACAAAAAUGAUGUUGAAAAUUGUGCUCUAGAUCCUGAGUUUUCAACUAUCAUGCAUCUGCUCCAAGUGGUGCUUGUCUUGUUUCUAGGGGAUAUUUGUAUUGGUUUAAAGGGGUACUCCGCUCCAAGACAUCUUUUCCUCUAUCCAAAGGAUAGGGAAUAAGAUGUCUGAUCGCUGGGGUCCCGCUGCUGGGACCCCCAUGAUAUCUGCUGCAGCACCCCAGUCAUCCGGUGCACAGAGCUAACUUCGCUACGUGCCAGAUGACUAGCGAUGUGGCGCUGGAGGCUUGUGACGUCCCAGCCAUGCUCCCUCAUGACGUCACGUCCUCCCUCUCAAUACAAGUCUAUGGGAGGCGGCCGCCAUGCCCCCUCCAAUAGAAUUGCAUUAAGGGGGCGUGGCAUAACAUCACAAGGAGGCAUGGCCAUGAUGCCAUAAGGCUCCAGCGGUGCAGCUGGCGUUCUAAACGAACGCCGGGUGCUGCAGGGAGAUUGCAGGGGUCCUAUUGGUGGUAUCCCUGUGAUCAGACAUCUUAUCCCCUAUCAUUUGUACAGGGGAAAAGAUGCCUAGGGGCAGAGUACCCCUUUAAUGCUGUUUUUGAUAUACCAUGUAUGGUCAUAGCCUUGUGAAGAACUUGACUUGAAGCUUUGCUCCGGAGUAAUGAUUGCAAUACUUAAUUAUAGGUAAGCAUUAAGACAUUGUUGCACAGUGGCAAUAAAUUAGUAUUAAAGGGAACUUGUCACCAUAAAAAUGCGAUCUACUGGCAGCGUGUUAUAACGCAAGGUGAAUCGAUCAGAUUGAUAUAUAAUGUGGUGUAAAAUUAUUUAAUAUAACUAAUAAGUGACUAAUUUAUAUCUCAGCUCAUAUUGGCUGAUUGACAGCCUUCUCUUUCUGAGCAUGCACACAGAGAUAGCAGCCAAUCCCAGAUUAGGACUGUUAUAUCUAUCCCUUUUUGGAUAAUCUUAUAAUUCCAAAACUUUGUAGUAUGCCUGAAAGUGACAUUACAAAUACCUGAGCAGAAGUUUUUGUAUGUUAUGGGAGCAAUUCACCAUUACAAGCUCAACUCAACUUCAAAAAGUUAAUACCUAGUCAUAUCGUUUCCUGCAACUAGAGUUGCACUGUAACCUUAUCUCAGACAAGGGUGGUCAAUAGAGAGACCAAAAGUAGAAGAGUAGUUGGCAACUAUGGUAUAUGCAUCUCACUCAUAAAAAAAAAGGAAAACAACAUACAAAAUUAACAUGCAACCUAAAAGUAUGGGGAUGAAGCCUGAAAGGGAUGUAAUUAUGUAAUUUUCAUAAACCCUAAAAGGAGUACAUUUUGUUCAGAAUGCUCGGAGCCUGAGGCCAUGAUCGUGAUGUCAUGACCACGGCCCCUCAUGACAUCAUGCCACGCACCCUCCAUUCAUGUGUAUGUGAGGAGGCCGACACUCCCCCUCCCAUAGACAUGAAUGGAUGGGGAAUGGCAUGACAUCACAAGGGGGCGUGUCCGUGAAUUCACAACCACUGCUGCAGGAACCUGGGUGCUGCGGGAGAUCACAGGGGGCCCAAGUAGUGGGAACCCCGCGAUCAGACAUCUUAUCCUCAGUCCUUUGGAUAGGAGAUAAGAUGUCUAGCAGCGGAGUACCCCGUUAAGCUGCCCAUACACCUUAGAUUAAAGUUGAUGAAAGUGACCAAUUUCAACCAAAACAAUCAUUGAUCAGGUGAAAUGUAACAACAAAUGAUUGUUUCAGCUGACCAAUGACUGUUAUCAUCUGACAUUGUGUUUGAAAUUUUCGGGUGAUCGGUGUUGUCCUGAUUUUAAGAAGAGGAUCUAAGAGAUAGAAAUGUUAUAAUGUGAAAAUAAGAAAAAUAACAAUUUGUAACAUGUGAAUCACCCACCGAUCCAGCAUGACUGCCAAGAGUCCUACAGUGAUGACAUCAUUCACAUGAUUCUUCAGUGAAACAAUGGCCUUAGUGAUCUUGCCCCAUAAAAAUUGGGAUUUUCACUGAUUUUUAAACACAUAACAUGACCUGAGGGUUCAACAAACAAACAUGCAGCUGUUAAGGUGCACCAGCACAAAAGAUAUUACAUUUGAUCUUGUUACUUCUGAAAUUUAGUGUCUUAGGAAAGUUAAAAAAAAAAAGGCACAUGAUUUCUCAGUGUUUCAAUCUGUAAAACAAAACAAUUCUUUUUUUGCUGUAAUUUUUGUUAUAUUACUAUUACUUUUUAUUGUAGUGUUAUAUUUUCUAUACAUAAUUUCUCAGUAAAAUUAGCAGUAGUUAUAUUGAAAAUACAUACAUUCUUAUUCUUUAUCAACCAUAUGUGGCAUAAGUUGGAAUGAACUUGUUUACAUGGUUAAAUGAGUUUAUUAAAGGGGUUAUAAAGGAUUAGAAAAACAGAAGUGAUUUCUUAAAUAAACACCAUCGCCCCUGUUGUCAGUUUGUGGGUGGUAUUGCAGCUCAGAUCGAUUAAAGUGUAUGAAGCCAAGUUGUAAUACGACACACAAUCUGAGUAUAUGUGGGGUGCAUUUUUUGGAAGAAAUCAGCAAUGUUUUUCUUUUUCUAGAUAACACCUUUAAAUAAAACAUUGUAUUUGAAAGAAAAAAACAAAUAUUAAUACAUUUGUAAUUGGAUGUAAAUUAUAUUUAUUGCAACUAAUAAAAUGUAUACUAAUUAAUAAAAAUCUUGACUUUUUAGUUAAAGUCCAUACUUGAUCUUUUCAUGAAGGUAUUAAAUAUAGGAGAGCCACGUUUUCUUAUAGUAUUUGUGUUUUAAAAAAUGAAAAAAAUUCACUAUUUAUGCAGCUCUAGACAAGUUUUUAAAUUAGAAUUUUAAGGUUUGGCAAAUUAAAAAUUUGUAACAUUUAUAUUUAAAAGAAUUUGCAUAGGAAAGGAGUUAAAUUGUAUAACUGAAGUAUAUGUAGGAAGGUUUACAAGUUGUAUAAUUAAAAAAAAACAUUUCCACAUGGUCAACAACACCGAUAAAUACAUGAAUAUAUUAACAGACAAAAAUAUAUUAUAUGAUUUAUUUUGUAAGCCUUUUUUUGGUCUGAUCUCAAUUUUUCCCAUAAUACAAAGCACAGGCAUUUUUAUCAUUUUCUUUUUCUCCAUUGCAAAUCAUGCUGUUCUGUGAGUCUAAUGAUUCUAACUGGUCUAUAGAAGCAAAAUAAUUCACAUUAUGUAGGGCUGAAUAAAUAAACUUGUAUGUGCCUCAUAAGAAUGUUGAUUUUCAGUUUUCUCUGUUUUGUUUUUUGUCGUUUUGCUUUGGAAUUUUUGAUAAAUCUGUCAAAAAUAUAUUUCCUACCAAAGUCUUGUGUAUUGUUUUCUAGUCGUAUGUCUAACACAUUCUUAUUCUGAAAUAAACAUCUUUACAAGAAAAACAUUUUUCUUUAAGC